AAAAUCGCGAGGUUUUUAGAACCAAUUUCAAAUGGGCCAAGCGAAGCAACGAAGUUGUCUUAUGGCGUUUUUAAUUGGCAAUCUGGAAGCAAAAAAAAGCAAUCUGAAAGCGUUCAAUUGGGCAAAACUGACAGUUCUGAUUCUGAAAAAAAAGAGAAUUUCUCUUCUGAUUUUAAAAACAGAAUCAGAAGCAGAAUCACUCACACAUUCAAAGAUUAAAUGUCAGAUGUCACACUUGACAAAUGUCAUAUUUUUUUUUUCAUAUUUGUUUGGAAAUUAUACCAGCGGUGAAGUGAUUUCUUGAAAUUGAAAAAAAAUAUUAUAGAAAAUAUAACCAAAUGGAUAAUAAUAUUAAAAUUGUUUUAACAAGUGUUCCUAGUUUGUUAGAAACAUUAUUGGAGUCGUCUUCCUCAUCUUCUUCAUCGAGUGAUGACGAUAUUAUUGCAGUUGAUUUUCUCCUGCAGGAGUUUGUCAAAAAACCAAAAGUGGAAAACUUCGUGGAGGAUGUAGUUGACAAAUAUUUGGAGGAACAGUUUCGUCAACAAUUUCGCAUACGACGGAGGACUUGUGAGUUCUUAACUCAAAGAUUUGAAAUGUCUUCUCAUUUCAAAAAGAAAGUGGAUUGCGGUGGAAAGCAAGAAAUUCCGGCCAAAGUACAAAUUCUUGCGUUUCUGUGGUUUGCUGGAAAUAAGGAUUCCUAUCGCGAAGUUGCCAAUCUAUUUAAUAUUUCUACUGCCUCAAUGUUCAACAUUUUGACUCGUCUUCUGGAGUUCUUUUUUGAAGUUUCUCCUAACUUCAUUAAAUUCCCUGCAACGGAUGAAGAAAAGCAGCGAGCAGCAGCGAAAUUCGAACAGAUUGCUGGAUUUCCAGGAGUGAUAGGGUGCAUUGAUGGAUGCUACAUAUAUGUAAGAAAACCGGCAGGAAAAGUACGGUCAACAUAUAUAAAUCGCCAUGACCUAUUAUCUUUGACUCUUCAAGGAAUUUGCGAUGCUGAAAAGCGUUUCAUCGAUGUGUUUGUUGGAUCUCCCAGUAAAAUUCAUGAUGCAAGAAUUUUCCAAUUGUCAUUUAUAAGUCAUGAUCUUCCUGACAUUUGUGGGACAGAAUAUCACAUACUUGGCGAUGCUGCAUACUCUUUACGGGAGUAUAUGUUGACUCCAUAUACCAACAAUGGAAACUUGGCAAGUUUGAAGCAAAGAUAUAAUAAAAAGCAUAGCCAAACGCGAGUUAAAAUAGAAAACUCGUUUUCAUUAAUAAAGACAAGAUUCAGGCAACUGAUGCGAUUAGAUUUUCAUUCAGUCGAAAAAAUGAGUAAAUUCAUCCUCGCAUGUUGUGUCUUGCACAAUUUGUGUAUCAACGAAGGAGACAUUUGGGAUGAAGAUAUCGAUCAACAUCGAAUCAACAAUUUAGAAAAUGAAGCCCGAUCAAGUGAAUCACGAUCGAGCGAACCUUUAUUGGAACGAGAUAAUGAGUUACGAGCUUUAGGAGAAGUAAAAAGAACCAGGAUUACUAAUUUGUUACAUUAAUAUUAUAUUUAAUUAAUAUCACAUUUCUUAUUCUCAGUAGGUAAAUAAACAAAAAAAAAAUCAUUCUAUGUAUGUAAAAUAAAUAAUUAAA